UCCUGCAGGAGGCCGCGCGUUGUUUCAGCUGCUUCUUUUCACUGAGGAUGUUUUUAUCAUCAGUUUUAUUCUGAUGUGAUUCUGUGAAUUGUUUUGGACUCACUGUGACUUCCGGGGACAAUAAAUGAGAGUCAACAAAUAAAAACCCUGCUGUUGUUUCUCUCUGUCGAUUCCUGCAGGUGAUUUUUUGGUUUCCAGUUGUUUUAAUGGACGCGGGUUGUACAGUGCAGCCUCGCAGCAUCCUUCCUCGUUUCUCCUCCACGGCGAGCCAGGCACGGUUGGGGGCGUGGCCACGGUAGGUGAGCUCCAUCUAAUUGGUGGGUUUGCGCAGUGGGGAGGGAGAGAAGAUCCGCCAAUGAGGAGGAGGCUGCGCGGCGCUGCUCAGAUAUAGAAGCUGCAGGCGACCAGCGUCUUUAUUAUAGAAGUCACUGACAGGCGAGCAGGAGACCGGAGACCUGCAGGAGUCCAGGAGUUUCCUCUCCUCCUUUUGGUUCUGGUUUCUAAAAAGCGAACCUGCACUGCACCCGAACCUUCGAUCACAGCGACUUUUGUCCCUGAGAGUCUGCGUGCGGCAGCUGUUUCUCCCGAGGCGAUUCUUCCGAGAAAGUAACCAACACGGAGCCAAACGAGGACGACGCACAACGACCCUCCCUAACUUCUGCAAUCAUGAUGUCGAUGAACAGCAAGCAGCCGUUCAGCAUGCACCCCAUCCUGCACGAGCCCAAGUACACGCCUCUGCACUCCAGCUCGGAGGCCAUCCGCCGGGCCUGCCUGCCCACACCGUCGCUCCAGGGCAACAUCUUCGCGGGCUUUGAUGAGACCCUGCUGCAGAGGGCGGAGGCUCUGGCCGCGGUGGACAUCGUGGCCCAGAAGAGUCACCCGUUCAAACCAGACGCGACCUACCACACCAUGACCACCAUGACCAGCAUGACCUGCACCCCGACCUCCUCCUCCGCGCACCUGCACCACCCCUCGGUGCUCACCUCCCACCACCACCACCACCCGGGGCACCACCAGCCGUCGCAGGGCCUGGAGGGCGACCUGCUGGACCACCUCACACCGGGCAUCUCUCUGGGGGGCAUGCCCGGCUCGGACGUCUGCUCCUCGGCCUCGCACACCCACGCCGCGCACAUGUCGGCCAUCAACCACAUGCAGCACCACCACUCACAGUCCAUGAACAUGCACCCGCACGGGCUGGGCUCCCACAGCUCCCUGGGGGGCGGCGGGGUGGACGCGGAGCCGGAUCCCCGGGAGCUCGAGUCGUUCGCCGAGAGGUUCAAACAGAGGCGGAUCAAACUCGGGGUGACCCAGGCGGACGUGGGCGCGGCCCUGGCCAACCUUAAGAUCCCGGGGGUGGGGUGUCUGAGCCAGAGCACCAUCUGCAGGUUCGAGUCCCUGACGCUGUCGCACAACAACAUGGUGGCCCUGAAGCCGAUCCUGGAGGCCUGGCUGGAGGAGGCGGAGCGGGCGCAGCGGGAGAAGAUGGCGAAGCCGGAGAUCUUCAACGGAGGAGACAAAAAGAGGAAACGAACGUCCAUCGCCGCCCCGGAGAAGCGCUCCCUGGAGGCCUACUUCGCCGUGCAGCCGAGGCCCUCGUCGGAGAAGAUCGCCGCGAUCGCCGAGAAGCUGGACCUGAAAAAGAACGUGGUCCGGGUUUGGUUUUGCAAUCAGAGGCAAAAGCAGAAACGAAUGAAGUUUUCUGCGACGCACUAAAGACCUGCGGGGAGCCGCGCGGCUCUGCGGCCCGCUGACUCAAAGACAGACGAGACGAGCUGCUGCUGCUGCUGCUGCUGCUGCUGCGCUGUCAGAACAACAAGGAACACCCGGUGCACCUGGUUCGGUCCGAACGGCCCAUUUCACCUCUGACGGAGUCUCCACAUUCAACCUCGUCUUUUCUUUUUAUUUGCGUUGAAGUCAUCAGAACCUUCAUCACCUCGUUGUGUUCGGACUAAAUGUCUCGUUCAGACCCGCUCCAGUGUCGCCCAGCGGGUCCAGCAGCACCACGGCCGGCGGGUUCUGUGCCUCCACUUGUGGAAACAGAAAGUAUUCAACAGUUCGGUCCCGGCGCGUCUCUGGAGCGUCUGUGUGCUCAGAGGUUCGGAUGCGGGACAGCUGAAGACUUCUGUCCUCUCAGUAUCACCAGGAACUGGUCUUCUCUUCUUCUUCGUCGUCGUCUUCUUCUUUUUUUAAAAAAAUAAAUGUUUUUGGAAGCAGAAACAUCCGGAUUCACCGGUGUACCUUUUUAUUCUGACAGUGGAGACUGGGAGAAAGACUGAGACCCGGUCCAGAACAGAACCCGGACGCUUCUCCUGCAGAACCGGCGGGAGGAGGGACACCGCUCCGUCUCAGUCCUUCUUAUGGCAAUUAUUGUACAAACAAAUAAGCAUAAUAAUGACGAGGAAUAAUCGAUAUUCUCCUCUUUAGUCGGAAUAGCUUUUUUAUAUUUAUCAUUGUACAUACCUGUGAAUAUGUUGCACCUCCGUGUGUGAGAACAGCUCAUUGAAAUGUAUUGAUCUCGUGUCUGUCCUCCAGCUGUUUGUUUCUGUAGGACGUGGGUAGUUUUUGUUGGGUUCAGGUCGGAUCAGAACCAGUCGAACAGGUCCGAGUUUAACGAGGCGCGAAGACUCCCGAGACCCGCUGCAUGGUUCACUGGUCGAGAGGGGAAGAGGAGGCGUUUUACUGAGACCCCGAAAUAUGAAGAGAAACCCCCAAAGUGAUGCAUCGCAAUAAGAAGAGACACACACACACACACGCACACACACACACACGCACGCACGAGUACACACAUUCACACGGUAUAGCUGUGUGGCUACCUCAUUACGCAAAGUGUUGGCACGUUCAUGGUGAUUUAAACACACACACACGCUUAAAAAAAGAAAAAAAAG